AUGGAUACUUCAUCUUACGAGCUAAAGCAUUGCGAAGGUUGCGGCAGGAAAUUCAGGAUUCCACCAGGUGCAUCUCUUGCAAUCUGCAAGCGUAAUACCGGGCAUGAGCAGGAGCAGAGAUCGGCAUCGCCAGCACAAGAAGACGCGACGCAUUAUCUAUUUGUGGUGGAGACUAGUCCACAAUCCGAAUCUCGUGAACCACCAAGACCCGCGAUAAAAAAAUUCAAAAUUAGACGUGUGGAGCCAUCUUCUUCUCCCCUUAUCACGAGUUCCCUCCAUCAUUCCCCGAAUAUGCAUGAGAAUCCAGUAGACCUGUCGACUUCUGAUAUCGCCUCACCUAAUGGGGACACCGGUCAGAUGGAUCGUCCUCAACGAGUUGAACAAAGCUUCCAUUGUGUGGUCGACGGAACACCUCUCUAUGUGAGUCCUUUAUCUCGGUUUGAAAGAAAUCUAAAACCACCUCUUCAGAGAUUCGCCGAGGGGCAUGCUCACCAUCUACUCGGCAUCAAACAAAGCGGCCGACCAGACCUUUGGCCAUCUAUAGACUCGGCAACGUAUGGGGAUGUGGGAACAACUUCGCGCGAAUCUAUUACAGUAUCCGGGCCACUGAGAGUCGACUGGGCACAACCGUCGUUGACCGAUUGGACGAAACGUCUUGCCUCCUUGCUUCCGAUCAAUGGUCAUACGCCUCGAGCCACGGCUAAAGAAAAGAAGAAACGUCAAGAUAGGCUUUGGAAGGCCCGCCUGAGGACCGUGUCUGAAUACAGAGUUCCAGAAGAUGCAUCCAAAGCGUUGAAUAUCCUUGGUCCCAAGGGGAUGUCCAGUGAUGAAAGCGAAGGAGAGCCUGGUACAAGGGAUCGUCAGUAUUGGACCAAAACACCAGAAUGGCGUUCUCCUGAGCUUACUAGCUGGCUGCGUUCACUUGAUGCUCUCCCCUCCUCCAUAUUCCAAGUCCAAACAUUGAAUCUUCCGCGAACCCGUCUCCCAACCGAGUCUCAGUCAACUCGCCGACCGCCACCCAAUCUGCCCGAGUCUUUUUUCCGCCGAGAAUGGCUCGAAUCACAAUCUUCCUCCUCUCGAAGUACUCUCAGGACGACCAAAGGUAGCAUUGAUCUUCCAAAUCUUUCCCCUGGUAUCCUUGUCAGAGCCACUGACUCCUCUAGCUCGCCAUCAUCCACCACUCCCGAGCUUUGA